CAGAGCUGGGCGUCAACACAUAACUCAUGUACGUGUGUCUUAUGAGUUUUGUGGUUUACUGAAUAAUCAACACAUUUAAUAUAGGUGACACUUAGUCAUGAGAAGAAUAAAUGGCGGAUAUCAUAACUCCGGGGGAUGAUGAGGAUCUUCAGGCUCAAAUUGAAGAGGUUGAGGCUUUGUCUUCUAUCUAUGGUGAUGAAUGGUGUGUGAUUGAUGAAGCAUCCAGGAUAUUUUGCAUUAAAAUAUCCGCCGACUUGGAGGAGCCAAAACUGACGGCGUGUUUGCAGAUAAUUCUCCCACCUGAUUAUCCAAGCGCAGCUCCGCCCAUAUACCAGAUCAAUGCAGUGUGGUUGCGAGGCCCUGAGAGGGCCAAAUUGGCAAACAGCCUGGAAGACAUCUAUGUGGAGCACGCGGGGGAGAGCAUCCUCUACCUGUGGGUAGAAAAAGUUAGAGAUUUCCUCGUUGAGAAGUCCCAGAACUCAGAAACAGUGGAAGAACCAGAAAAAGUGAACAUGACGGCUGAGAAGGAUGUCGAUGAUGAUGAAGACAUUCCAGAUCUCAGCAGUCUCAGACUGAAUACAGAAAAUGUGCACCUCUUCCUGGAACAGGCAAAUGAUGAGGAGCUGCCUCCAAUUAAACAUGGAAACCCGAUCACAGACCGACGGAGUACCUUCCAGCCCCAUUUGGCGCCUGUGGUGACUCCCAGACAGGUUAAAAUGGUCCUGGAGAAGCUGUACGAAAACAAGAAGAUUGCCAGUGCCACUCAUAAUAUUUAUGCAUACAGGAUUUACUGCGAGGACAAGCACAGCUUCCUGCAGGACUGUGAAGAUGACGGCGAGACAGCCGCAGGGGGGAGAUUGCUCCAUUUACUGCAGAUCCUGGACGUGCGUAAUGUCAUGGUGGUCGUGUCUAGGUGGUUCGGGGGCAUUUUGUUAGGUCCCGAUCGCUUCAAACACAUCAACAACUGUGCUCGUAACAUCCUGGUGGAGGAGGGAUACACUGCCUCUACGGAUGAGGCCAACAAAUCAGGACUAAAGACCAAAAGGCCAAAAGGCAAGAAGACAAAGUGAAUUUCAGAAGAAAAAUGAAGAACUUUUUUCAAGCACACGUUCAGUAUUUGAUGUCGAAUUCAACGAAAAGCUCGUUUUUAGAAAGAGAUGUGAGAUGUGUCUUAGAAGACAAAUGGUUUCUAGCAAUUUAGUUUUCAUUCAAGGUCAUAAAAUAUCAUCUGGGAUUUCAAAAUGACGUCUCAGAUGACUGCUUUAACUCUGGAAUGUAUAUUUUUAUAUUUAGUUUAAGAAGCCUCGAAAUAAAAUGUGUACAGUUCACAUUUCAUUAAAACAAAUUAUGGGGAUUUGUGCAAUGAUCAUGACUUUGAAUGUACCCCACAUCUGAAGAUUGUUGAUCCACGUCUGAAGAAUACGCCAGUAUUUUUAAAUCCUCGAAUUACUAAUUUUUUUUCUUGUCUGCAUGCACUCCCAGUAUUUUUAAAAUUGUAAUGCUCCAUCAUGAUGGAGAUACAGUAACGAGGUUGUCCCUGCAAGCUUUAAUUCAUUUCCCUGUUGAAUCUGCAUCUCAAUAGCGAUCUUUCACAAAUCAUUUCAUCGUUUCCAAGAAAUGCGAUCAUACAUCACUGCUUAAUAAAAUGGAGUUUACUGAGUUGCAACACAGUCCACAUCCAUUUUCUCCAGUGCUUUUGGCACACACUUCUAGCCUGUUAAAUAGACAUCCUUUUCACAUUUUGAAUGUCUUUCAGAGCAUUUACCACUCAUUCCCUCCUGUGAGAUUUUGUCUCACCUCACCUUUUUGUGUCACUCGAUCUCUGGAAAGACAUUCUGCAUAUUAAUGCUUUGAAGUGGGUUUUAAGCACCAAAGGACCACUAUCUAAAUAUAUCCAAGUCUCAUACAGGCACUUUUUAAUUUGGUUCCACCAGCAGAACCUGACUAUUAUGAUGCAAAAAAUUUUUUAUCUGCGCUCAUUAUCUUCAGAAAAUAUAACUGAUACCAUACAAAUGUAGAGAGAUAUUUUGAUUGAAUGAAAGCGCAAAUGAUAACACAUUUUAGAAAAGAUUUCCUCCAAGUCUGUUUACAAAGCCGCCUGCUCAUUUCAGCCAUUAGAAAUAAUUACAGCUAAUUCACUUAGCAGAGUUGUUUCUCCCUGACAAGCUGUCAUCACGCUGAACCCAAUCAUCUCAGCCCUUAAUCAUGUUUUUCAGGGGCUUGCAAAGAACUCAAUUUCAUACUCAAGGCUGAGGAGAAUAAUUAGAGCGCUUGGUUUCAAAUUUCAUCUGCACAGUCCGUACCGAUACUGCCACGCAAGCCUGUUAGGUCAUUGUUUCAGUAACUGCCCAAGAACAUUCAGUGCAGAUCAUAUAUUUUUGCACACUGUCACGUUAUGUUUCAAGCUGAGGUUGUAUAAUGAAUCUGGUUUAUCUGAAGUGGUCAGACAAAAGUAUUCACCAUUGAAGAAUUGCAGCCAUUUUUGGUACAUUUUAGGUCUGGGGUAUUUCUUUAUGAACUUAGCUUGGCAAAAGAUUUGAAGUGGAGCAUUUGGAAGCUGUGAACAUACAACAGACAGAUGAGCUCAAAGGAAUCCAUCACAGAAAGAGAUAACAGGAACAUUUGGAUUGGCAAUUUGGUAAAUUUGUAGAAACCCUGUACAAUGUCUAUCGAAGUGACAACCACUCUCCAAAUGAAAAGCAAUACCAUUGCUCACAAGAAGAAUUGCAGAUAUUUUAUCACAAGGUGCCAAAGAGUCAUCAUCUUAGAGAAUAGGAAAGACAGAUUAGAGUUAAAUAAAACGCAUCUUAAAAUAAAAGGUAAAUCUGUCAGAGCAGGGCAUGCUUGACAU